AUGCCCCAUUUCGCAAAUACCCCCGAGGCAAUCCUCCCGCGUACCGACUCGCUUGACCCAGCAAGCACAUGCAGAGGAAUCACGUCGACCGGCAGGCCUUGUCGGCGCGCGCUUGCCCCACGAUCUUCAAAGACUGACCCACAGUCGCUAUACUGCUGGCAGCACAAAGACCAAGCACAGAAUGGCAGUAAUACCACUAAUAAUAAUGGGGGAACACCAGGAAAGGAUAACAGGACGAGCAUCGAUUCGAUGAUGGGACGAUUGGGUCUGGAGGAUGGCAAUAAGCCAUCAGCAGCGGUUCAGGGGGAACAGCUUCCUUCUUUACCUCCGCAACGACGACGACGGCGCGUCCGGAAGACGUACUGCUGCUGUUUCGAGGUCUGGGAGGAUGGUGAUUACCUGCCUCCCGUGAGGCCGUCGCAGAGACCACAGCAGCAUCAAGGGGGAAGGGUUAGCUUCAACAGACCGAGCCAGAAUCAAAACCAACAACCACCUUCAUCUACACAAGCGAUGCAAGAUGAGAAGAAGAAGAAGAACAGGGAAAAGUCCUGGAUCCCUCCUACCAUCCCCACCGAAACAGCAUCCCUUCUCCGCUCCGAGAUGGAAAAACCUCUAUCCCACAAGGACGAACCAGGAUACAUCUAUAUCUUCUGGCUGACACCCAAGGAGACGUCGACUCGAGCCCCUCCCCCCGUGGAGCUUCUUUCAACGAUCACGACUGAUGAAGAAGCGGGGGAUUCCUUGACGCGCUCCCCCACAACUCGCUCAUUAAGUGAAGCCAUUCGCUCAGCGCAAGAUCUCAAUGCCUUCACCUCCAAACCCACGAAUACGGACCCUGGCACGAUCCGAUUGAAAAUCGGCCGUGCGAGUAAUGUUCAGCGAAGACUGAAUGAGUGGACCAGACAGUGUUCGUACAAUCUCACGCUGAUCAGGUAUUAUCCGUAUAUCUCGCAUAGUGGCGGUUCAUCACCGGGGGUUGCAGCUGCUGGUGCAGGUGCAGGGAGGAAAGUUCCCUACGCUCAUCGCGUGGAGCAUUUGAUUCAUACCGAGUUAAGCGAUAGGAGAGUCCGGGAUCUAGGGAAGUGUCCGGAGUGUGGUAGGGAGCAUAAGGAGUGGUUUGAGAUUAAGGCCGAGAAGGAGGAGCUGAGGAGAGUGGAUGAAUGUAUUAGACGGUGGGUUGCGUGGGCUGAGAGCAUGGAGAGUUCAAGUUCUCAGUCGUAG